AUUGGCUAUUUGCCUUCUGGGGACGGUGGUUCUCCGGCUUCAGUUCUUCAUCCUGUCCCUUCUGAGCGAGAGCGUGACGCUGAGGCUGCAGUUGCCGCUUUAGUUGCCGAGGUCUCCAGGGCAGCUGCUGUCUCAUGUUUGUCUCGCCCGCCCCCCCUAUCUAAUUUUGAAGCACUAGGCGACUCUUGCAAAAGGUUUAAUUCCGUGUCAUUCAGAUCCGGCCAUCGAACAGGCCAGGCUCCGCGACGCAGAAUGACUGGUUUCUAUCCUGCUGCUUUAGAAAAGGGCAUUGAAGGUCGAUUCAAACGAGGUGAAGUUGACGUUGGAUUCGCUUUUGACAUGGCUCUGAAGCCACCUUCUGUCCGACACUCCGCCGCUAGAGCCCACUUGACUCUGGCUACUGGUGCAUGCUCAGACACUGAAGGUCGGAUCAGAACAAAGCCAUAUGUUUCCAUGUCCAGGUGA